UAAAACAUUUGAGGUUAUUUAUUUAUUUGCUGAGCUCUGAGCCUAACAUGACUCAAAAUCCCCGACGUCUACAUACAAGCUUGGAGCCAGAAAAUAAGGUCAGGGGGAAAAAAUAAUCAAGGGGCUCACCAGUACAAGUAAGACAAGGAAUAAAGGGUUUCCCCAAACAAAAACAAAACCACCCACCACAACUCUGAUGCAGAAUAUUUUCUUAUGAUUCUUCAUGGAGGGCCUUGGGAACGACGAACACGCCAACAGUCCAGACUCCAGCUCAUUCCCUACGGCGUAACUCUGUGAAGCAGAUACACGCUGGCAAAAGUGAAUUUAGCCAGCUGCAGGAGGGCCAAGUCUGGGAACCAUUCCCCGCGGGAAACACGCGCAGACCUCAAAGGACUGGCGCAAACGAACGUCGCGACUCUCCUAGACUCCGGUAGCCAGCAGGUCUUUGGGGAGAGGUGCGUGCGGACCCACUGACCGCGGCGAGAAAGCUCCGCAGCAUCCUUAGACGGAUUUUCCUAGGACCUAGUUUCCGCGUGAGCUGAGAACGGUCUAUAUCAACAAAACAGUGACUAUUCAGAACCUCCCCUUCCAUAUUCCUGGCUCCGCAGCUUCCGGUUAUGGUACCCUCACUACUGGAACUUCUUUUGCAGUGGUUUUAUCUAAAUGCAGCUCUGGGUCCUUCGAUGCAGUUCUCUCCCCUUCGCAUCUCUGAAUUCCGUUUUUCCUCCAGUCUUUUAUUCGUUUAGCGCCCGUGUGGUUCAGAAGCCCACAAACUAGAAGAAACAGAGCCGUAAAGGACUGCGAUAUCUCUUAAGUUUUAUUUAAGAUUCUGAAUUAUCCCAAGGUCUACGGCAUUACAAUUUAGGAAAAAUUAAAAAGAAAAAUUAAAAAAGGCACGGCUCUAUGAGGGACCGGUAGAGGGCAGAGAAGAGAGAAGAAAAAACAGGAAAAUGACGCAAUAGCCAGAGCCGGGACUAUUUAGAAAGGUUCCCGCCCGCGCGCUUUCGGUUUUCAAUCUGGUCCGAUCUUCUCAUAUAUUAGAGGGCCUCCACCUCCACUGCUUCACAAGCUAGUGUCUCGAGACUGUAGUCGCCAUGUCUGGUAGAGGAAAGGGUGGAAAGGGUCUAGGCAAGGGUGGUGCCAAGCGCCAUCGCAAGGUUCUUCGAGACAACAUCCAGGGCAUCACCAAGCCUGCUAUCCGCCGCCUGGCCCGACGCGGUGGUGUCAAGCGCAUCUCCGGCCUCAUCUACGAGGAGACCCGCGGUGUGCUGAAGGUGUUCCUGGAGAACGUGAUCCGGGACGCCGUCACCUACACAGAGCACGCUAAGCGCAAGACCGUCACCGCCAUGGAUGUGGUCUACGCGCUCAAGCGCCAGGGCCGCACCCUGUAUGGCUUUGGAGGCUAAACUGCACCGCCACUACCUCGUUACCCAUCCCCAACGGCCCUUUUUAGGGCCAACCACAGCCUCAUCGGGAGAGCUAACACACUUGACUAUUGUAACCAAAUUACGUUCGUAGGUCUAGACUCGGUAGGGGAAAAGACUCUUCAAAAUGGAGUCACUGGGUUUGGAGUCGGGCUUUAAUGCCGUCGAAGUUUGAUUUCCAUUAGCGGUUAACAUCCAGAGCAGGGCCUGCAUACAGGCAGCUGUUUAGUCUGCAGCGACAGGAUGAGGUGGCUGCAGGUAAGAGGUUAGGAAUUUUUAGAGGUCUGUGUCGCCAGAACUGCCUUAGAAAAGGGCCCUCGGUUUAGGUAAUGAUAGAAAAUAGUGGAUUUUCAGUAGAGUUAGCAGCUUUGCAAGUAUAACAAGUGUGAGGACUAUAGUCUCAAUUAGUUAAGCAAGGUCCACUUGUCCACUUUUUCUUGUAAAGCAGUUAUGGCAGGAACUUCUAAGUCAGGGGCUGAUGCAGAGGCAAUUUCUGGUUUUUGUUUUGUAUUUUCUUUUGCUUUGUUUUUUAGACACAGGGUUUCUAUGUAGCCUUGGCACUUCUGGGAAUCUUCCUGUGGACCAGGCUGGCCUUGAGUUCACAGAUCCACCUGUCUGCUUCCUGAGUUCUGAUAUAAAGGUGUGCACCACCACCGACUUUGUACACAGGUUUGAGGGAAACCUGCACGGGACCUUGCCACAAAGAAAGCCAUGGACAAGAGACCUAGGCGAAGGAGAACUAUGAACUAUAAUAUAACCUAGUGGCAGCCGCUCAGGUGUGUGGUAUGUUGAGACCUGUUUAGGAAGAUUUGUCAGAACAUGUCCACCACCCAUCAGUACAGAGGGAGCAGUUUAAUUUUGAUAAGGCAAAAACAAAUUCUCAGUACGGCCAAGAAUGCCGUAAACUAUUCUCUACGUUUCUGUUAUGCCCGCGUCAUGAGCCCCCCAGAGACCACCAGGACUCCGAGUUCACUUAAUACAGUGGUAUAUUAUUUGUAGUUUAAUAAAUCUUGCCUGAAGACCAGAGGCAAAGCUAAAGCCACUAGAGGUCAGGUAUUCGUGACACACAUUUUCAAUCCCAGGAUUUGGGAGACAGAGACAGAUCUCUGUAAAUUCAAGGCUACACAAGGUCAACACAGAAACAAACCCAGGUGGUGGUGGCUCACUUUUAACCCAGGCCUAGGGAGUCAUACGCCCUUAAUCCCAGCACUAGAGGGAAUAUAAAAUGAGAGGAGAGACUUGGUUUAUAGUAGCCCAACCUUGGUAGAGGCAAGACUUCUGUAGUGACUUGGCUGCUUUGCUUUUCUGGUUUUCAGGUUGAAUCCCAAUAUCUAUCUCUGGGUUCUUAUUAUUCAUGCUACAACAUGCAGACAGCAAAAAUCCUUUACUACAGGCUCAAGCUCAGGCUAUCUGCUCCGCUCCAGCACAGCUAGACCAGGGGGGGCCUUGAGCUCAGCUAUAGCAGGCGCAGGGCUUUUAAGGAGGAAGGGGUGGAGUGGGGGGAGAGGGAGGGAAUUCCGGUUCAGAUGGGGGUUGAACUCCUGGUUGGGCAGGAGUGAAGUAACGAAAGUCUUGUCAAACAGGGAUUGGUACUGGCGUUGCUGCAAGGAAACUGGCAGCUUAUGUAGAAGUUAGGUAAACUGUCCUUAAUUGUCUCAACUCUGAUUGGUCUCCAGCGGGGUACAGUCUGUGGCUUUUCCUGGUUAUUGUAAUGUUGAGGUCUAGUUCCAGGAUUGUUAGUUUGCAGAAUGCCAAGGCUGUGCUAAUGUUGGGCCUCUCCACUUCUCUUUCCCUACAGUCCAGAUUUGGGUUGAGCAUGUUAUAGGCUGUGAGUUUUAUUUUUAUUUUAAUGGUGCAUUGAUUCUUUUACUUUGGAAUAUUAUACAAUCUCCAUAUUCAGUUACAUGAUCCUACAUAAGAAUUGAACUUCCAAUUCAAGAAGCUGGAUUUUAGUGUAUACUACACCUCAGGAGUGCUGUAAGGAUCAUCUUAGCCAUGUGUUUGUAUUGAUCCACCUGUAAUGGUCACUUUAAAGAAAAUACAUUUUAGGUAACUAAUGUGUGUGCCCUACACACACACACACACACACACACGCGCGCGCGCGCGCGCGCGCGCGACUAACAGUUCAAGGCGGCCCAUAUUGAAUAGAAUGAGGAAUGUAGAUGAUUUUCAGAAACUCAAAACUACAGAAAUUACUAUGUUUGGGGAAAUUGGGGAAGCUUGGUGGUAGGGGUACUGUCUAUGUCAGUCUUUGGCAAAUCCAGAAUGCCUUCCUUCAUAAUAGAAAUUCAGUAAACCAGAGGGCUGGGGGCGGGAGCGGGGAUAGCAAGGACAGCAGGUGUGACCAUUUGUGCAGAGGAAGAAAUGGGCUCUCCUUCAAAGCCUCGCCCUCAGUUUAACUCAGCCGCUAAAGGAAGCAGGAAACCUUUCUCUGGUGAAGUCGGUGGUUCUGAAAGUGGGAAUUCCAGGUCUCAGUGUGGAUCACCUGAGCCUCACUGCAGACCAACUGAACUGGAAACUCUGGGUGUUUGGCCCAGCAAUUUGUGGCACAAUGCCAAGUUCUCCAGGUGGUUCUAACCCACAUUUAACAACCACGGACCCAGGUGACAGAUGUUUUGGAUGUUAUGGUGAUGGCGCUGGGCACCACAGGCCGGGCAUUCCGGCCAGUUGUCUAUCAAUAAAUUAGAAUCCCACCUCCAGAUUUCCUUUAGAGGAAAUAAGUGGCACCCUGCUUGCCAUAAUAUUAGAUUUUGGUUUAUUUGAUGGAAAAGAAAGCAGACCCGAAUCCUAAUGUUAAGUAAAAGAUACAGGUGGAAAAAAGACCCAGUUGCUUUAACCCUCAAGCAACCAUCGAGGCCAUAGAAAUGAAAAGGGUACGGACUUAUUUCAUUAAGUAUUACUGCUUUGUGCAUUUAGUAGUGCAGUAUUGAAUUUUAUAAUCAAUGAGUAAGACUCUUUUUCUUCCCCAAAUUUUCCAAGAUCCAGCCUUUACACCAUAGUUUAUCUUUUGCCUUUUGAGAGAGGGUCUCCCAAGUAACCCCAGCUGUCCGGGCCUGGCACUGUGCCGCUGACUCUGGAGUGUCACCUUUCACUGCUUUCACUGUUUUCCUUCUACCCUUCCUUUGAAAGCCUCCACUCCAUUGGAGCUGUUAAUAUAGAUGUUAUUUAUUUCUUUCUACUUGAGCCAAAAGACCCGCGCUGACAUUCAGACAGACUGCGACUAACCGCGCUCAUUUGUAUGAAUAUACGGAGAAUUGCUAGGAAUAGUCAGAAAAAUUUAACAACACUUUGUAAGUAUUGGUAUUUUUCUUCCUUGACUUUUUCUGAAAUUUUUUUUAAUUUCUUACAAUAUGCAUGAAUGGAUUUCUUCACAAAAUGAUAGAUUAUUUGCUGCCUGAGGACAGCAGCCAUGGAAAAUGGCCCCAGCAUUGCUGUGAGUUCACCUGCAGCUCCUCUUCCAGGCCCUGAAGCUAUCGAAGGCCAUAGGUGCAGUCAGCUUUGUUUAGUUUUUACCUCAACAUCACUGUGCUAGCUAGUUUUAUUUUAACUUAAUACACACUUUAGUCAUCGGAUAGGAAGGAACCUCAAGAGAAAAUGCCUCCAUAAGAUUGUGCUGUGGGCAACCCUGCAGGGCUUUUCCUUAAUUAGUGAUUGAUGGAGAGAGCACAGCCCAUUGUGGGCGGGAUCUCCCCCAGGCUGGUAGUCUUGGGUUCUGUUAGAAAUAAGGUUGAGCCAGGCAGAAGUGGCACACGCCUUUAAUUCCAGCACUUGGGAGGCAGAGGCGGGCAGAUCUCUGAGUUCAAGGACAGAUAGGGAUGAAACGCAGAAAAACCCAUCUUCAAAAAUAAAUAAAUAAAAAUAAAUGAAAAAAAGACAUGAGUAACCCAGAAAGCAGCACUCCUCCAUGGCCUCUGCAUCCACUCCUGUCUCUAGGUCCCUGCCCUGUUGAGUUUCUACCUUAAUUGCUUUCAGUGAUUAACAUGGAAGUAAUACGUACAACAAACCCUCUCCUCCCCAAGAUACUUUUGAUCAUGGUGUUUCAUCACAGCAAUAGGAACUCUAACGAACCCAAGCCGCUUUCCUCCCCUCCCCUCAUGCUACGAGUUUCUACAUGCUUUAGAGUGAAGAGGUUCUGUGGCUGUUUUCCCCUCUCCCGCCCAAUCCGCUAUCGUCCCGAAGCCUGAGAAUGGGCCUCCUGCCUCAGGACUUCCUUCCGGUUCCAUUCACAACCUCUUUCACUUAUAAUUCUUUUUGCUGUUAUUGUAUUUGUUUUCCAGACAGGGUUUCUAUACCUAAAAGCUCUGGCUGUCCUGGAACAAGCUCUGUAGACCAGGCUGACCUCAAAUUCACAGAGAUCCUCCUGCCUCUACCUCCCAAGUGCUGGGAUUAAAGGCAUGCGCCACCACCCAGUUUAUACUUUAAAAUUAUAUAAAAAGAAUUUUUAAAAUUAAAACAUUGUUUUUAAUGUUGAUCUCAUACCACCAGUUUCCUACUCCCUCCAUAAGGUGGACCAGCUUGCCGGUGUGGUCCAGCUUGCCGGUGUGGUCCAGCUUGCCGGUGUGGUCCAGCUUGUCUUGAGUUUGUAAUCCUCCUGCUUUGGUUUCCAGAGAACUGGGAUUACAACUACUUUUGGCCUGGAACUGUUGUUGUUUGUUUUUAUCCAGGAAAAUCAGGGCAGGAAUUCAAAUCGGACAGGUAUCUGGAGGCAGGAACUUAAGCAAAAGCCAUGAAAACUUACUGGCUGCCUUCCCAAGGAUUUUUCAGCCUGCAUUCUUAUAACCCGGACCACCUGCCCAGGGAUGGCAUUACCUACUACUGAUUGGGUCCUCCAAAUAAAUCAGUAAUUAAGAAAACACGCUACAGACUUGCCUACAGGCCAAGACGAUGGAAGCAUUUUCUCGAUUAAGAUUCCUUCUUCCCAGAUGGCCCUAGCUUGUGUCAAGUUGGCACAAAACCUAGACAGCACAGGAGACAAUUAGGUCAUGAGAGCAGAGCCCUUGCCAAUGGGAUUAGCAAAUCAACUUUUCCCCCUCCCACCAUGUCCAGUACGCAUUUAAAGGACCACCUCUGAGAAAGGCCCUCCCCAGACCCAAGUCUGCCAGCACCUGGGCCUCCCAGCUUACAGAACGGCUCAGAUGGAAGGCAGGGUGAAUGUUCUGUGUCCUUUCUCUUGGCAGGAUCACUCUAUCCAGCAUCUCAGCACCUUUAUUGUGUCUUCUGAUAAACCUGCAUGAGAGUUUCUUUAGGAUAACCAUCCAGAAACAGAAUUUCUGGUUCCUUAAACUGUGUAAGCUUGCAUUAAGAAGUAGUGGCAGCCAGGUGAUGGCACACACCUUUAAUCCCAGCACUCGGAGGCAGGGGCAGGCGGAUCUCUGUGAGUUCAAGGCCAGCCUGGUCUACAGGAGCUAGUUCCAGGACAGGCUCCAAAGCUACAGAGAAACCCUGUCUCGAAACAAAAACACAAAACAACACAAGAAGUAGUAGUGGCUACCUUGCAUGAUGGCUGCUUUAGUCCCCACAUGCUGCCAGGACAGCAUCAAGCACCUAGCCACUUGGGGGACCUGUGGGGUGGUCUCAUGGCCCGCUGCCCACUGCUGCCACUAGGGGACCUGCAGCGUUUUUACUUAAACCAUAACAAAUAAGUAAGACUAAGUCUCCGUGUGUGAUUUACUUGGGAGUUAGGUGGUGCCCCCUCCCCCCAAAGGCCAAAAAAGUCAAAGAGUAAAAAACAACAAUAAAUCAGUACAAAGGAAGAGCAAAACACAAGCCCCUGGCUCCUGGGCUGCAGAGGCACAGUUUCUAUCUCAGCAGGAAUGAAACAGUCUUUUCCUCUCGAAGCCCUGGGAAACCAAAUGAGCGUAGGGAAAGUCAGUUGCAGAGCACUCAGGACCACAGACGUGUCUAGAGCACAAACUGGUCAUAUACUUCAAAUUAUCCACAAACUGUUUUGGUAUCUUUCUUUUUUUCAUGACAGUCAUAAUCAAGAUUUACAAUGAUACUUAUGGCUGGUGGUUAGUCUUUAUUGUCAAGCUGACUGGAAUUCAAACAAGCUAGGAGACACCAUGAUUCGUCAGGGAGAUUCCUAACUGAGGAGGAAGCCCACUUCCGAAUGUCAGCAGUAUGUCCAGUGGCCCGGGGUACCAGGACUAGACCAGUGAGCAGAGCAGGGGCAGCUAACUGCUGCUUGACCAUUGCCGCAGUGUGGUCAAUGGCCGCCACCCUCACUGCCAGCCCUUCACCACACCACUUCUGGGCACUGUUUGAUUUUGGUUUGUGAGAUGUAGUUCUGUGUAGCCCUGGCUGUCCUUGAAUUCACUAUGUAAAUCAGACUGGCCUCAAACUCAGGGGUCCCUCUGCCUUAGCCUCCAGAGUGCUAAGGAUUAAGGCUUUGUAUGUCACAACUGACUUCCCUGUGCCCUCUUCACCAAAAGAACUCCACCUUCACUUGAAUUGCUUCUGUUGGGCAUUUCUCAGAGCAACAAGAAAAGUUAGUAAUACAAUUCUGAUGUCAUUAAUGUUAACAAUGUCAUUAGUGCCCACUACUGGAAUCAAGGAUACAGGGAAACCGCCACACUGAAUCACUCCGUGGGUAGAGAGGUUUAUUCGGGAUCAAACUAUAAGACUAUCUCUUGCCAGGUGGACAGAGGGGAGAGCAAAAUGGUGGAAAAGCAGACUUUAUGAUUGUUAGCAGGGUGGGGUCUCUCAGACGGUACAAACUGUUGGGUGAUGUUUUGUGCUCUGACAAAUCAGGCUUGCCUGGAGAUGGGAGGGUGGAGCCAGCCACUAGUUAACCUUGGAGGCCAGGCGGUGGUGACUCAGACCUUUAAUUCCCAGAGAGAAAGUGAUAAGGCAGGGCAGAGACAGGCUCUUGCCCCUUCUGGAUGCAGGAAAGAAACAAAUUAAUUAGAUUAAAGCUUCAACAAGCUGUUUGGAAUAAUUGGGAACUAGAUGCCUUUGCCUGAGGUAGUUGACCUUUGGGGUGGAUUAAGGGAGGCUUUUGGCAGUUUAAGGCCAACAAACCUGCUUUUGUGUCUGUUUACCCAGUGACAAUCCUGUUUACCCGGGCCAAAGUCCUUCUGUUUAGGCUAUUGUCACCGACACUGCCAUUCUGGGAGGCCAUGUUGGACCUAAGAAUUACCAACUGAGAACCUUUGUUUUAAGCAUUUUGUGCAAAGUAAAUUAUCUUCAUUCUUAACAGAAAGCAAUGUGGAUACAAGUCUAUUCGGGACAAAGAAAUGAAGACCCACAUCUUUUCUUGUGGUCCUUCUCCAGUUAAGAGCCUGGAGUCUGAGGGGCUGGAGAGAUGGCUCACCGUGGGUUUAGAGCACUGGCUGCUCUUCCAUGGCGCUCAGAUCAAUUCCCUCACAACCAUCUGGAAGGCGAUCUUGUGCCCUCUUCUGGCCUGCAGGCAUUUGUGCAGGCAGAACACUGCAUACAUAAUAAAUAAUU